CGUAUGUUGCAGCAGAGAACUACAUUUCCCACGAGGGGAUGUCCGGACCCUGCCUGUCUAAAAUAUGGCGCUGCAGAUGGCGGUAAAUUCAGGAGCCAGUCUGUGGGGGCCACUGAAAGAGCUAUGGGAGAUAGUGAAUGGGGCUGUGGUGAAAAGGCAGCCAGAAAGCGUCCACCUUCUUGACCUUCAGCUGAAGAAGCACAAGACGAUUUUCCUGUCACUCUUUAAGAACCCGCCAAAGAGUGCAGAGCAGAGGGAGAAGGUGCGCAAGGCCAGCACUGAAGGCAUUGCAGUCCAGGGCCAGCAGGGAUCUCGACUCCUUCCUGAGCAGCUUCUGUCUGAAGCUUUCAUCAUCAGUGACUUGUUUGACAUUGGAGAACUAGCUGCUCUUGAGCUUCUUCUAGCAGGUGAGCAGCAGCAGUCACAUUUUCCAGGACUGACACGUGGACUUGUUGCGGUGCUCCUCUACUGGGAUGGGAAAGCUUGUGUGGCCAACUCUUUGCGUACACUCAUCCAGUCACGCCAGGGAAAGACAUUCACACUUGACCUGAGUGAAGAGUUGGUGGCCUUGACUACACACUUCACAGAUGAACUGAUGGCCAAUGGCUUGACUAAAAGAAUCCUAACGUUGGUGUCUGAGAUCAGUGUCACUCGUGAAUUUGAAAGACUGCAGAAGGAGCGUGGCCUGGGAAAUGAGAAGCACAGACGGGAUGUUUCCGACUUCAUCAACGAGUGUCGACAAGCCCUUGCAGAUAGUCUUUUUUUAUGGGCCUGUCAAUCGCCCUUGACAAAAGAUGAUACGCUGGCCCUCAUUGGACACUUAGAGAAGGUGACAGCCCAGGCUGAUGGCUCAUUGGACGGCGUGAAUUUGGCUCUGGUCAUGGCAUUGCUCUACUGCUUGGACGUCAGCUUCAUUGAGCAGGGACUGGAAGAUAGAGAAGAUCUGCUUCAGGUCCUGCCACUCCUGACAGAGAGGAAUUAUGUGUCUGCAGUCCACAGCCGUUUAAUGGAGGGUCAACCAUGGAAACUCCCUGGAUUACAGGCUGUGUGUAGGCUGGCUUGGGCUCUGUCCCUCAGGGUUCUGUCCCAGCUUCCACAGGGCGCAGCACUUGUAGAGUUCACAGAGGCAGACGAGGUCCUGGCUGACCAGGCCCUCCUCGGCGAUGUCUUCUUGUUCAUGAAGGAGGGCAUUCUGGACUGUGAGAGUUUCACCCAAGAAGAGUUUUAUAUCCGUCGCCUUCAUUCGAUCAUCACUGACUUCCUGGCUUUAAUGCCAAUGAAGGUGAAGCAGCUUCGCAAUCGGGCCGACGAGGAUGCACGUCUGGUGCACAUCUCUUUACAGAUGGAUGGCGAGCCGCCGUCAUCAUUGCGCAAGGACCUCGACCACCUCAUGAUCCUGAUAGGGGAGUUUUACAGUAAAGACCCAUUUGGACUGGAGCUUGGUCUGGAAUUCUGGUGCCCCACAGAGUCACUUCAGCAAACAUCCUUGCAAGGGUCAUAUUUGGGAAUGUCACUGCAGAGGCCUCCACAUAAACAGGUUGUCCUGUCCAAAUUUGUGCGUCAAAUGGGAGACCUUCUGCCUUCCACCCUUUACAUAUCCUACCUAAGGAUGCUGAAGGGCCUCGCCAAUGGUCCACAGUGCGCCCACUACUGCUUCAGCCUUCUGAAAACCAACGGAGCUACACACAGUGACAACAUCCAGGGAGUGUCUGGCAGUCCAGUUUCAUGGGAACAUUUUUUCCACUCCCUCAUGCUCUACCACGAGAACUUACGACGGGACCUUCCGAAUCCAGAUGCUGCUCACUACCGGCACCCUCCGACGCGGGGCAUCACACAGCGAGAACUAGAUGGCCUCACUUCAUUCUUUCAACUUCUCAGCACCAUCAUUACCUGGAGUGAAAAUGCUCGACUGGCUUUAUGUGAACAUCCUCAAUGGACCCCUGUCGUGGUGAUGUUGGGCCUGCUGCAGUGCAGCGUUCCACCGAUACUGAAGGCGGAGCUUCUUCACUGCUUGGCAGCCUUUGGAAAGUCACCCGAGAUUGCUGCGUCACUAUGGCAAUCGCUAGAAUACACCCAGAUUCUUCAAACAGUGCGAGUGCCCGGACAGAGGCAGGCCGCAGGAAUUGAGGUGGAGCUGAAUGAGAUCGAGUCGAGCAGCGAGGAGUACCCUCUGACCCGGAGCUUCUGCCAACUCAUCAGCACUUUAGUAGAGAGCAGCCUGCCUGUUAAUCUGGGCGCCGGGCUGCGUGUGCCAGGAUUUCAGCCCUAUCUGGACUUCCUGAGAGAAUCUGUCUUCCUCGCCUUCCCAACUCGAGCCUAUCGGCGCCCAGCGGAGAAGUGGGAGGUGGCUGAAGUGACUCUGGAGGUUUUUCACAAACUUCUGCGCGACUACGAGCCCCAGCCGUCAGACUUCGUCCAGGAGUUGGUUGAGCUGCAGGGCGAGCAGGUUCCAGCCCACAAGCCACCAGGCCACAAUAUCAUGUUCCAUCUGCUAAAUGACUCCCCAAUGUUGGCCCUUUGCCUCAGCCUGCUGGAGGAGGGAGUUCGCCAGCUGGACACGUACGCCGCGUUCCCUGGCAAGAAGAACCUGGAGUCCGCUGUGCUACACUGCUUGUGCCUUCUGGAUCUGGCUCUGCAGAAGGAAGUGGUGUACAUGGAUCUUCUCAGAGAGAGCCAGUCCUCACUGCUGGUCUCUCCAUUAGAGCAGCUCCUGCAGGGAGUCAGCCCUCAGACCCGCCGGGCAGAUCACAUCGUAAAUAUUGCCAGGUAUCUGUACCACAGCAGCUCAAAUCCAGACGCUGCAUUCCAGAGUUCCAAGAUCCUGCGGCGAAUUGCCAACUACCCCAAUCUUCAAACUCGCCUUGUGGGAGAUUUCACUCAUGACCAGACUAUAAGUGAAAAACUGAUGGCUGGAUUUGUAGAGUGUUUGGACUCAGAAGAGGCUGAGGAAGGAUCGGAUGCUGAAGAUGGGGCGGAGCUGCCGAACAAGGAGGCGAGAAUCCGACAUGAAACCCAGAUCCAUAUUUUAAACCUCCUCAUUAACUCACUGGAGUUGAAGAGUCCCAAUCUGGCCCUUUACCUUUUGGGUUACGAGGUCAAGAAACCUGUGUCUUCAACAACCCUGCAAGAUCCAGGUGUUUUAGGAUGUCCUCGAAGCUGUCUCCACGCCAUCCUGAAUCUGCUGCAGAGAGGAACCGAGAAGAGAUCAGGACCGUCCUUGAUACGACACGCGCCACACCUGGCUGAGCUCUGCUAUCAGGUGAUCUACCAGCUGUGCGCCUGCACUGAGACAUCUGGACCCACGAUGCGAUAUUUAAGGACCAGCCAGGACUUCCUCUUCUCUCACCUGCAGCAUUUGCCCUUUAACCUGGCUGGCAACCACAUUGCUGCUCUGUCCCAAAUGUCCUGGCUCAUGAAAACAGCUGCCAUCGAGUUGAGAGUGACGUCACUCAACCGCCAACGUUCUCACGCUCAGCGACUGGUCAGCCUGCUGCUCGACGAUCAGCCUCACGCUCAGCACUCAGAUGGGGAAUCAGGCCUCGAGGACGAGAGCAGAACGGUCAGCGGUUUCCUCCAUUUUGACUCGGCUUCCAAAGUGCGCAGAAAGUUGCUGAGCGUGCUGGAUGCCAUCGACUUCAGCCAGGACAUGCCUGAGCUCUUGCAGCUGGACUUCUUUGAACGCACUCAGAUCGAACAAGUGAUCUCCAACUGCGAGCAUGUCAACGAACACGGACACACUGUUUGUAAUGUCAAACUUCUCCACCGAGUCUUGGUUGCAGAGGUGAACGCACUACAGGGAAUGGCUGCCAUUGGACAGAGACCCUUGCUGAUGGAUGAGGUGAACUCCAUCCUGCAGCAGGUGGUGGAGCGGAACCGCAUCCGCCGCAGCCUCAGCGCCAAGAGGCACGCACUGCAGUCAUGGAGGAGCCUGGUGGAGACGCUGCUCACCGCCUGCCCCUCCGACCUCAUCCCCAUGGAGGACAGACAGCUGAUCAUCAGAGACCUGCUGCUCGACCUGCACGACAAGGUGCUGUCUGAGGGCGCCGCCGGGGAGCUGAUGCCCAUCGUGGCGGGCGCCGUCUUCACGCUGACGGCUCACUUGAGCCAGUCAGUGCUGUCAGAGCAGCAGCAGGGGGCGGGGCUGGAAGCCGCCACUGGGUUCGCGUCGAUCGCCAACUCUGCUCUGCACCUCAUCCUCCGCAAGCUCCUGGACUUCCUGCUCUGCACUGGAGGUGGAUACCAGCGUCUGCGCGCUCACCUGUACGGCUCCCUGUUGUAUUACCUCCAGAUGGCCCAGAAGCCUGAGGAGCCUGACACCCUGCAGGCCGCUGGGAAGGCCAUGUGGGAGCGACUCACCGCCCCCGAAGACGGGUUCUCCAAACUGCAGAGGGAGAACCUCACCAUCAUCGAGAGCUAUGGCAAAUCCCUGAUGGAGGUGGUCUGCAGAGACGCCUGUGAUGGACACGAGAUCAGCCGAAUGCUGGCGCUGGCCGUCCUGGACCGAGUGCUGUCCAUCGACCGUCAGAACCAGUGGCUGGUCUACAUCUGCAACAGUGGCUACCUGCGCUCCCUGGUGGAGAGUCUGCGGCAAGACGACGUGGCCCUGCAGAGCCUGCUCGCUCCCCAGCCGCCUCUGCUCAAGCCGCUCUACAUCUACGAGAGCAAGAUGGCUCUGCUGACGCGGGUGGCCAAGACGGGCCAGGGGGCCGUGGAGCUGCUACGCUGCGGACUGGUGGCCCAGCUGAUCGAGUGUCAGGUGUUUGACAUGGUGCCUGACAGUGAUGCGCACAGGGUCAUGCGCGACCCGUCAGGGUUCAUCCCCAGCCCAAUGGACCGCUACCGGAAGGUCCUCCUCCCAGCACUCAGGCUCUUCCAGGUGAUCCUGACCUCCACGACGAUGAAUCACCAGCAGGGGGCAGCGCAGGUGCUCCAGUGGCUCAUGGUCCACGCUGACACUGUUCAGUCGCUGCUGCGCUGCCAGGAGCUCAGCAGGGCGGCGCUGCAGGAGCUCUCCCUGCUGACAGCCAUCAUCAGCAAGACGGCGCUGCCAGGUACUCUGGAGGCCGGCGGGGACGUCAACGCAGCGGUGCUCAUGGAGUUUCAAGGUCACAUCAACAGAUUUCAGCGUCUGUGUCUGUCGCUGCUGGGCCGCCUGGCGGGCAGCGAGCGCGACCGCCUGCUGAAGCAGGUGGAGGUGUCUGCUCCAGGGGAGUCUGCCGAGCGGCGCGAGGAGAUCGAGGUGGCCAUGCAGCAGGUGUGCGCCAACAUCAUGGAAUACUGCCAGACGCUGCUGCUGCAGAGCUCGGCUCAGGCCCAGUUCAGCGUCUGUCUCUUCAGCCCGUCCGGCACCGAGCCAGUUGCCAGAGACGGAGGCCGUGCAGAUCUGUCGGCCACUCUGCCGCUGAUGGCCGCCUCCCGGGCCCCGAGUCUGGGUCUGGUCCUGUACCUGCUGAAGAACAGCACGGCCGACUUCUUCCGCUUCCACCAGAGCCACCGACAGAGUCUGAGCAAGCUGCAGAGUCUAGAGCAGCUGCCGCCUGAGGAGCUGAAAGAGUUGUGCCAGGGUCUGGUGUCCGGGCCCGGAGGUGUGGAGAAGAUCUCCUCGGUCCAAAGGAGCCUGCUGGCCAAGAGGCGACUGGUCCAGCUCAUCAACAACCGGGCCAAAGUUCUUUCGCUGUGCUCAUACACCAUCGAGACCUGUUUGUUUGUCCUGUGGCGCCACCUGGAGUACUACCUGCUGCACUGCACCCCCACUGACCCCAAAGACUCACUGAUGCCUCAUACCAGUCUGUUGAGAUCCCGACUGGGAGAGGAGUCCUUCAGCGGUCUACAUCCAGCGGGUGGAGCCCGUGGACUCGGCCUGCCCCGAGUGUGUCAGCAGGACCUGGAGCUGCUGAACAGCGACAUGGCGGCCGGCUUCAGCGAGGCCCUGCAGAGGAAGCUGCUGGAGGUGGAGGGGCUCUACUGUCAAGUCCGCUCCCGCUUCACCUUCAUCCAGGCUCUGGUGCGCCGGAUCCGCGGCCUGCUCCGACAGCCCAAGACCUGAGCCGGACAGCCACCGGCAAACAAGUCACUUGGAUGAAAGACUUCUCUGUGGUCAAACCAAGUCUCCUCCGCAACACACUUUUCUAGAAACUAACCGGCUUCUUUUCUAUGUGCAAAUAAAUGUUUUUUAAGUGGAAUAUUUUCAACUACUACACAAAUAAACAGAUUUCAAGAAGUGGAA